GAAAUACGAUAAAUAAAGAUAAAAAGUUUAAGUCUUUUAUAAAAUAAAACACAAAUAUAUGAAAAUAUGACAUUUACUAAAUAUUUGUAAAUUAAAAAAAUAAAAAAUAAACCCGCGCUUUGAAAGCGCGGAUCAAAAUCUAGUUCAUCACUUAUAAAUCCAACGUAAGGAAAAAACAUAAAUAAUUAUAAAAAUAGCAUGGUUUAUUUAGUCUUUAAAAAACAUGUAUAAAAUUUAAAUAAUAUAAAUAUUUUUAAUUAACAAAAACUAUAUUAAAUAUCUACUCUAAAAUUUUAAACUAUUUUUAAAUAUUCAUAUAUCCUUUUAAAUAUUGGGAAGGUGAGUUAUGUGUCCUUCUCGCUAUAUAGAUUAUAUAUACAUAAGUGCCCUGAUAUAUGUUCUCCCAGUCUUUUUAAAAAACCAAACUAACCGAUUAAGUAAAAACCUAAUUUUUGUUUAGUUGCCGAAUUGAACCGGACCCUCUACACCGAAACAAAUUAAAUUUUUUUUGGCAGUUUGUUUUGGUUAAUAACCACAUGCCUAUGUUCUCCAGUGAACGUGAACUUGUCUUUCUCUUGUUACUCACCUAUUGCAUACUAUUUUUAUAUGUUAACAAUAAUCGAGAACUAAAUUAGUAUGCUUUGCUACAUGUACUAUGUCUUAAUAUCUCAAUUUGAUGCUGCAAAACUGAGAAAACUCCGUCCGAGUUUCAAGGAGAAUGGAGGCACUGUUAAAGCAGGAAAUGCCUCUAGCAUAAGGCAGGAGAUUAGGUAUUUACCUGUAACUUCUAUGGGUUGGUCAUUGGGGGAGGGGGCUAUCCAUUCCGUUGAAACAGCGAUCCUUACAACCAACUUAUUCCAGACGGUAGGAGACAACGCGUGUGUACGGAUGAAGAUUUUACAUAAAUAUGGGAUCUUAUGGAAUAUGGAAUUUUCAGAGGAUUCGAAUAUUGGAUAUAGUCAAGGAAUUUUCUGUUGUGUGUGUGAAACGGCGAGAGGGAGAUCGAUAAGUGGAUAUGGGCUAUGUAGAUAUUCAAAUCCAGCGAAUUAUCUUCUGAGGCCAAACCGUUUGGAUUUGCUAUUCUUCGUGUUCGUCUCUAGUAUAUGGUGUUUUGGAUUUGUGCGCAGAAGGAGAAGAGAGUGUUGGUAG